AUGUGCUCAGUAGCUCAGGAGUACGGCAUGGGCAUGGAUGGACUGGAUGGGUGUGAAUGGGCAUGGACAUGGGACAAGGGCAUGGGCACGGGCGUCAUGUCGCACGGCCAAGAAGGGGCGGCGGUCUGCGGGAUGCGUUCCGCUGCGGUCUGCCAUGUCGGGGCCACAAAGGAGGGAGUCGUGCGUCAGGUGGAUCCGGAUCCUUGCCGCAGUGUGCAGGGCACAUAUGGCACCACCACCCGAGCGUCACUUGCAGGCCACGCGCACAUCAGCGCCGGCGGCAGCAGGGACUGGCACGACUGGUGGGUGGAUGGCGGGCGUGCAUGA